AUGGCAUCUGCCAGCCAUGAGCUGUCAGCAUCGUGCAGGGCCGCAGCACUGCUCAUCGCGCAGCACACGCAGGCGCUCACGGAAGUCUUGGUGAACCUUCAGGUGUUGCUGGCAGAGGCCGCAAAGUGUGAUGCGGCAAAGUCACAGGAAGCAGAGGAUGCCCCAACUACACGAACUGCACCAGCCGCUUCCGCUGUCAGCCCUGAGCCACAAAUCCAAAGUGCAGCGGUUGUAGCCCCAGCGGCUCCCACUUCGCACCAAACACCAGAAGCCCCACAUCCACAGUGUGGUGGAAAGGGCCAUGGAAAAGGAAAGUGGUCUCCCUGGCCAUCCUUCAAGGAAGAUGAACCUCGAUUCGAUGGAUGGACCAGCAGCCAAUGGGCUGAAUGGGUGCAGACGCCCUGCGGAAACACAUGGCGCUUGCCUCAAAGUUUGCUGGACCGGUCACGGGGACAGGGAGAGCCAUGGGCCAGGUGCAGCAAGAAGCGCGUCGAAGCUGAGACCAUUGCCGACUGGAUGGCCUAG